AUGAAAGAAAAAACGAAAAAUCGGGAUGGUUGCUGGAGAGUGGAUGAGGAGCUGGCUAGCCCUAAUUCAGAAAUGUGCUUAAUGAGAGCAGAUGAAAAGGAACUGAUCAUGAGGGGAUUUUCAAAUACAAUUGUGAAUGAUGAUGAUGAUAUGAGGCCUCUUCAUAAUCUUGGAGGUGCUUCUAAGGUGGAGUCCGAGCCAGAAAAAGCGACCCAAACCUCGGCAACCACAUCCACCGCUCCAAAGCAAGAAGCCACGUGCAGCAACAAUCCACAUCACAUGCACUCUUCUGAUAUGAUAAAACCCAAAUCUGAGAAACAAUCACCAACAAGCAGAGAGGUGAAAGUCUCUUCAACAUCACCAAAAAGUCCAUUAUCAACUCUUCCAAAGCACUCUUCUUCAUCCAAUAGGUCAAACUCGUUUCGACAUUACUCCACAACCAUAACAACAACGAGACGAUCCUCAUUAACUCAAUCACAUUCCAACAUCUCUACUGAUAUUUCCUCAGGAUGUAUUCACACUGAUGGAUGCAUUUCUAAGAAUUCUACAUCCACUUUAGUAUCAUCAAAAACUCCUAAAACAAUAACAUCCCCAAAAGAUUGUAUCAUUAAUUCAUCAUCAGGAAGAAGGAAGAGCUUUAAUAACCUUCAAAUAUCAUGGAAAGAGGCAAAAGCAGCUCUCAAAGGAAAUUUGGAAAGAUCUUUUGCAAAUUCUAGGCACUCAUCUUCGUUACAUACUAAGGAUAAUAAUUGUUCAUGUAAUGAAGCAAUAAUCUCAAACAACACAUCGCUCGAAGAGACCUUUUAUACUCCGAACAACGCUUGUAAUGUAAAUACUGACUCCUCAUUCGAAGACAUCAUGUUACCAAGCAGUCCAAUCUAUGGUCAAGCAUCGUAUGAUCAGAUGAUCAGCUGUAUUGAACAAGAACAUGACCUAGAAAGUGUUGAUACUUAUAAAUCGGAUGACACAUUACCUCAAGAAGGAACACAUUGGGACAACAGUGACAUAUUACUGAGAACAGGGUUGCUAUUAAGGGAUCCAGCUCUUUCACCGUCAACCGAAUAUCUUAUGAACAGCAAUUAUAUGAAGCUCAAGCUCAAUUCUCCGAGGACCCUGGCCUCUCUUAUGAAACAAAUCGAGAUAGCUCCUCCAACAGAACGGUUGCCACAUAGCCCGAUCGCAAAAUCUGCAAGAAGCUUUAUUCUUGAAAAAAAACGGGAGUCACAACGAAGAAAAUCCAUGCCUUCAGUUUCAUUGUCGUCACUUCCACCGGUACAUGUUGUGCCGACAAAAGCAAACACUCCAAGUUUUGAAAAAGAAGAAAUAAAAGAAAUAAGGGAGGUACAAAAAAGGGCUAAAAAAGAAUUAGAGAGAAAAAAGUCUUUAAAACUUAAUGAGUUCAGAGAGGUCCAAAGAAUGCUUUACAAAGAGGAGUUGGAAAUGUCACGAGAACAAGAAAUUGCCCAAUCUGAAAUGUUUAAAAAACAAAAAAUCAAAGAAUGGAAGAAAAAGAUGACUUCUUCUCCGUUCAAGGUUGACUUGGAAGCACAAGCAAAGCAAACAGAAAAACAAAUACGAAAAGAAGAGAAAAUUCAGGAGAGGCUUCGAAAGAUUGAACAAAAGAAGAAGGAUGAUCUUCGAAAAUGUACUCUCAUUGAAAAGAUACUUGAACGUAGUGUGGAAAAUGUGCACUUGACAAAGAGAAAUAUAUUGGAUGAACAAAAGUUGCAGAGAUGGAGAAUGGAAUUGGCAGAAAUUAAUCAUCUUUGA